AUGGCCUCUACUUUGAGUCUCUCUGCAACUUGUAUGCUGCUCUUAGCAUCCAUUCAUGGCGGGUUCGGUGUUGAAGCAAAGAAAGAGUUUAAAGUGGGUGAUGACUAUGGCUGGCAAGAGCCUAGCAUGAACAACACUGGGAUUUACAGUCAUUGGGCAUCAAGUAACAGGUUCCAUGUUGGGGAUUCUCUUUUUUUUGAGUACAAGAAUGAUUCUAUCCUUGAAGUGGACAAAUGGGGUUUUUACCAUUGCAAUGCAAGUGGGGCCAUUAUUGCCUUCAACAAUGGCAAGAGUGUUAUUAAGCUUGACAGGCCAGGGCCUUUCUACUUCAUCAGUGGAGUUCAUGAUCACUGCAAGAAUGGCCAGAGACUCAUUGUUGAGGUGAUGGGUUCGCACCCGAUCUCACACACUCCCCCAACCAUUAUUGCAGCUCCUCCUGAACCAUUUCUGGCGCCAGGGCCCCUUCAAAGCUCAGCAGAACUUGUUUCAGUGACUGUUUUUUCAGUUUUUAUUGCACUUGUUGUUACAUUUGUAACAAUUGUAUGGUGUGCAGCAUAA